GCUGUUAGAAAUAGCAACAGGGAUAUUCUGGCAGGGUGUCUGGCUAGCAUUAGUUCUAAAUACUGUUGUGGUUUUGAUCACUAAUAUGGCUGUGACUUUUGGACUCUCUUUGAGUGUUUCUUGGAUUUGUUGCCUGCUAAUUGGAGGGAUAACGUGUUUUACCCUUCAAGGUAACGCUUAUGGGCAUCCUGCCUCCACUGGAACUGAACCAACUGGAGCCCAUGCCCAAGCGAGUGUGGUGUCUGUUCCAAAUGCUAAAGCUACUGGUUACAAUAGCUCGGCAAAUGUGACGUCGAGUCGAAUUGCCACUCUUGAAGCGACCGGCCCCAGCACCUCAGCAGAAGCGACCGGCCCCAGCGCCUCAGCAGAAGCGACCGGCCCCAGCGCCUCAGCAGAAGCGACCGGCCCCAGCGCCUCAGCAGAAGCGACCGGCCCCAGCGCCUCAGCAGAAGCGACCGGCCCCAGCGCCUCAGCAGAAGCGACCGGCCCCAGCGCCUCAGCAGAAGCGACCGGCCCCAGCGCCUCAGCAGAAGCGACCGGCCCCAGCGCCUCAGCAGAAGCGACCGGCCCCAGCGCCUCAGCAGAAGCGACCGGCCCCAGCGCCUCAGCAGAAGCGACCGGCCCCAGCGCCUCAGCAGAAGCGACCGGCCCCAGCGCCUCAGCAGAAGCGACCGGCCCCAGCGCCUCAGCAGAAGCGACCGGCCCCAGCGCCUCAGCAGAAGCGACCGGCCCCAGCGCCUCAGCAGAAGCGACCGGCCCCAGCGCCUCAGCAGAAGCGACCGGCCCCAGCGCCUCAGCAGAAGCGACCGGCCCCAGCGCCUCAGCAGAAGCGACCGGCCCCAGCGCCUCAGCAGAAGCGACCGGCCCCAGCGCCUCAGCAGAAGCGACCGGCCCCAGCGCCUCAGCAGAAGCGACCGUCCUUGAACAGACGGCCCGACCCCUCAACAAGCUAGAUAGGGAGAUCAUAAUUUUGUUUGCCCAACUUCUUAAUCGUCUUUCCCCUGUUACAGUGCCUCCUUUUGAAGAAAAGGGCAAAGGUAACUGAGGUGGGGUAAUGUGCCGACUAAUGCACUUGUUUGAAAUUAGGUUCUCCUUCACUUGCGUAUCGUCAUGCAAAUGGUUUUACAUGGGUGGACACUACAUUGGUAGAAUUUGUUUUUAUAACCAUACGACUAAAAUUGACAUCUGAUUUGGCGAUAUUGCUGACACACUUUUAGGUUCUACGGUUAUGCUUUUGAUUUAGCCUGGUGUUCCUGCUACUCUUGCAUGAUUUGCUCAAUAAACCAUUUGACUUUCUAAA